AUGGCAGCCAAGACUGUUCUUGUCCUUUGCGCUCAGGCGGUCCUCUUCCAGUGCGCCUUCAGUCAAUGCCUCAACCGUGGUAUCGAUGCUUCUGCCUACGGACUUGGAUCUUCAUACGGAUUAACUGGUUUAGCUGGACCUGGACUGGCCAACGGCUUAGCUGCUGCCAACUUCGCCGGCAGAGGCUUAGCUUCUGACAGUUUCUACUCCCCUGCUAUGGAAUUCACUGCUACUAGCGGCGGUUCUCUACCAGUAACUAGCACCUCUGCCAUCGCACCAACUGGAAUCUCUAUAGUAUCUGAGAACGUGUUUGAAGGUCCUUUGUCUGUGGCUGGUGAGCUGCCUUUCGUUGGUACUACUGGCAUGGAAGGUGCUAUGUCUUCUGCUGGUGCUGGUGCUAUCAACCAUGCUUGUGGUAACGGAGUCACCGCUAUGGCAAGUGACAGUGCUGCUUUCGGUCCUGGUGCUGCUAUUCCUCCAAUUGCUGCUACUUUCCCAGUAUCAGGAGUAGCUCCCGUGGCUUCUUAUGGAGUUCCUCAAGCUGGCAGAUUCGGUCUCAAUGGAUGUGCUGGUAAUGUUCUGUACUAA